UAAAAUGUCAAAACAAAUAGAACUUUUGUCAAAAUGUUAACCACAUAACAUUUGUUUUUUAAUAAAAUUAUAACAAAAUGCAAAAUUCGGGCUCCUUUAGAGACCAGAAAUAUGGUAUGAAUAGAAGUGAUAAUUCAGAUGAUAAUUUUAUACGGUUUAAUCAAACACCACCUAGUGGUAAUUCAUUUUCACCAGACUACAAAAGUACUCCUGUAAGAAAUCGAAGAGGCAAUAACAAUUGGCGCGGAAGAAAUCAUUACAAUAAUUAUUCACAGAAUGAUAGUGGAAAUUCACCAAAUUAUAGUCGAGGAGGACAUCAAAACUCUUAUAGAAAAAAUAGACCUUCAUUUAAUAAAUCACGAGAUGAUGUAGAUAUUUCAUGUUACUACAGUCAUGAGAUGAUUGAAGAUCCAUGGCUAGAAUUAGAAGAAAAACAACGUAAUGAUGAAAUUAGAGACGCGAAAUUCGAUGAAGACAAUAAAUCAACCACAUCAGAAUCUAGUUCAAAUAACAGCGACGUUAGUUCUACAAAAUCUGGAGAUGAAAUGUAGAAUAACCGUUUACCAAUAUUAAAUACUAAUUUAUUU